AUGCCCUCUGUCCGUGUUCCUUCCACCCGUGAGCGCAUCAUCAUCGCCGCAAAUCUCCUGUUCGCUCCGGGCGCCCCGACCUUCGCCACGUCCUCCAGCCGCUUCGACAUCGUGGCCUGCACUGCACGCGACCGCCGCGGCAUUCAGAUAAAGCUGCAGCAGUGGCACCGCGUGGGCAACACCAGUCUGCGCUGCGUCGUUGCCCUGCACGGACCCGUGAGGAAUAGCUACUGGGACGCACUGAAUGCUCUGGCCGAGGAAUUGGAUCGCAUGGUCGCCGAGUCGGCUGCCCACCACCAGCAGACCUUCACACCCGUCCGCGACGAAACUCCAAGGCCCGUGCGCAUAACGAGGAUGACCGGCACCAACAAGAACAGCAGCCGCAGCAGCAGCCCGCGAACGCCCACGAGGACCCGCCGUCCGGAAUCUCAAACAUCCUCGACCCGGGCAGCGCCUUCAAACCUGACUCCGCGCGCCACUUCAGCCAGCACGGCCACUCACUCGCCGCGCUCGCGUUCUUCAUCCACUUCCAGCACGAGCACCAUCCGACCCUCCACUGCUCCACCGGGCCCCAUCCACCCUCACUCCGAACUGGAAACUCUUUCUCGCAUGCCGACCGCGCUGCUGCCACCCAUUCCCACAAGCUUGACCCCAAAGCGCUCGUUGACUACCCGGCUGACGCCCUUUCUCCGGCGCCAGCGCGACUCGCGCCAGCAGCAGCAACAACCGCAAAUGCAAAACGCUCAAGAGCAGCAUCAUCACCAACUCCACCCAGCGAUGGAGCAACAGCAGCACCGCAAGCCGUCGACACUGCACAGACUGGGCAGCCUGAUCAAACCGUCGAACAAGGAGCACCAGCAGAGUUCCGAGACACCGUCCACGCCGCCAUGCUACACGCUCGCUCCGGACCAGGGACCAUCGCCGUCGCCGUCACCGUCUCCGCCGAAGUACCGGCUUCGUGUGGGGGAAGGAGGAGAACAACUGACGACGAUGAUGACGGGCAUGGGAGUUUCGUCGCCGGCACCGCCGCAGCUGCCCACAACGGGCAGGCCGAGAGGCCCGCGCGAGCUGCCUCAGCUUUCCACCGGCGACCGUCGGACGAGUCAACAGCGGCAGCUCGAGCGUCUAUUCUUGGACCGCCAGGGCGGCCCGGCGAUGAGGCUUGUCCAGGAAGAAUCCAGCGAAUGGCGCAGGGCGCCGUCUUUGUCAUCGACGCUGCCGUGGCGUGACAACAGUCGCCGCGGACAACAGCAACAGAGGCAGGCAGCUGUCGUGCGCCCUUGGACAGGCAUGGCGCCCAGAGAUGCUGAGGUAGGAACGGCAAAGAAUCCCGCACGCACCACUAACACCACCACCGCAGAGUCGGCCUUGAGCAACGGCAACAACAACACAAUCCGCCUGCAGCGUAAGCCCGUUGCCGCCGGCAACAGCGGUGUGUUCGCUCCGGCGUCCUCGCCGCCGAAGGAGACGACGUCGACGGUCUGGGACGAGAUCACCCAGCUGGAGGAGCAGCUCAAAAUGGAUCAGCAGCAAGACCUGCUGCGCCACGAGGCCGAAGGACGCCGACGACGGCGUGCGACGUACCUGAUGUCGGACGAGGGCGACGAGGAUUCCAAGGGCGACGAGUGGGAGGACGAGGGCGACGGCGAGGCGUGGCAGCACCACUUGUCGCCGCAGCUGCAGCUGCAGCACCAGCCUGCAAGGCGUUCCGACAAGCAGCACCACCCAUAG